AUGGCGGACGAUGACGAAGAUGUGAGGGAGCGACUGAAGGCUGCGCUGUGGUUCGCUGUCGGCAAAAUGGUCGAUGAGGAAACCCUACGGAGAAACAGAAAUGUGACUCCUCAGUUCAUUGGAGCCUUGACGGAGAUGGUCUGGGCUCAGAUCGAAAACGUCGCAAUGGAUCUGGAGAGCUUCAGUCGUCACGCCGGACGCUCGACCAUCACGACUGCCGAUGUAUUAUUGCUUGCAAGAAGGAACAAUGACCUGCACGCCAUUAUCAAGGACUUUGUCGACGAGACAAAAGCCGCCAAGACCAAGGGCAAGGGCAAGUCCAAAAGAUGA